AUGUUCCCGUGCAUACCGUAUGAGAAUACGGGCCGAGGCAAGGUCGGCUUCUUCUCCGGCUUUCGUCCAGUUGAUGCUUUCCUGAACGAUCCUCCAACUUGGAAUCUCCGUAUCAACAACACAGAUCCAAUAUUUUACUACUGCUCCGCUCCCGGUUCGUGCAACAAUUACGCUAUGAUAGGCGUCAUCAAUCCUAACAAAUCCGUAUCGCUAGAGACUCAGAAAAGCCUUGCUCUACAGGCAGCAUAUGUCAUGAAUCCUGGCGAUCCCUUCCCUCCCGAGGCAUCGUCAUCAAUCGCGUCGUUAACGACUUCCCCAACCUCAACGUCAACGUUGCCUUCAUCAACAGCCGCUACAGCUAGUACGACACCGACGCCAGCUCCAGCCGAGGAGGAGGAGGAUGAUGAUCUAAGCACCGGAGCGAUCGUCGGUAUCGCCCUCGGCGGCGCAGCCAUACUCUUGCUCGCCGCUGCACUAUUCUACUACUUCUUCAGUCGCAGCCGAACGCUCAAGCAGCCUUUCGCGUCUCCACCUCUCUCAUCUGCUACGCGUCACGGUCCGGAUAUGUACCAAUCCGGCGGCACAGUUUUCGUGCCCGUACUCCCCAAGGACUACCGAAGCAGUGCUCUCAGCCAGCAGCCCUACGAUGUCCCGCCAUAUUCUGAAGAGCCUCUGCGGUCCGCGAGCCCCCGGUCUGACGUCGGUGAUAUGAGGUCGUACACUAGCACCCCGGCACCAUCGCUGAGCCCGCGCAGCCCGUACAGCCCGCACAGCCCGCACAGCCCGCAGGAGAUGUACGCUCCGUUCCCACACCCGAAACCGGCCCAACAAACUGUCUAG